GACUCCUGGGAACACAUGAUGUGUUACUGUAACGACUCGGCGAGAAUCAUGGACCCGACCCCUCUGCAGCAGACAGUGAUGGAGUCCACUGAGGUGACCUCCGACCCCCAGGAAGUCGACCUCUGUGCCCCCGGCUCCCCUACUGACCCCCCUACAACUCCCAACGCUGACCAGGCCUACGAGCCCUUAAGUUAUGAUGAGCUCUUCCCAGCCCUGCCCAUUGCAAAUAUGACCCAGACACCAACAGUGGAAGCUCCUAAAGACAAUUGGGCUAAGCACAGUGAAAUGCGCAUUGCCUCCUCAGUCAUUACCCAGGUAUUCCGUGUCCCCUAUGAAGAGCGAGCUAAACUUGACGGUAACAAUCAGUUUGGAGAAUCUGCCUCUUCUCGCAUCUGUGCAGACAUUACUACCCGCACUGGAGCACACAUUGAGAUCUCUUCAGCCAAGGAUCAAUCUUUGACUUUCUUAGUUACGGGCAAGACUGAGGCGGUUACCAAGGCCCGACGGCUUGUUCUUGAGAAAUUCCAGACACAGGCUCGUCAUACAAUCAAAAUACCCAAGGAUCAUCAUCGUUUUAUACUUGGCAAGAAGGGCAAGAAGUUACAGGACCUAGAAAUGAAUACUGCCACCAAGAUCCAAGUACCCAACACAAAUCAGAACUCUGAAGAAAUUGUCGUUAUGGGUACCAGAGACAGCAUUGAGAAAGCCAUGCAUGAAAUCCAGCUAAUUUCUGAUGAACAAAGUAAACAAGCCUAUGAAAAACUAGAGAUUCCCAAGCAGUUCCAUCCAUUUAUCUGUGGAGCCUACAAUGAAAAGAUUAAAGCAUUGAUGCUUGAAAAUGAGAAUAAUGUGCGUAUUAAUGUUCCACCGCCAAGUAUCAUGAAGAAUGAGAUAACCAUUGCUGGAGAGAAGGAAGGUGUUUUGCGCUGUAAGGACAUCAUCAUGAAAUCUUACAAAGACAUGGAACGAAAGUGCCAAACAGUAUCUGUAGAAGUUCGCAAGUCUCAGCAUAAGUAUGUGAUUGGUUAUCGGGGAGCUAACAUAGCAGAAAUUCUUCAAGAGACUGGAGUAUCUGUAGAAAUGCCGCCCACAGAAUCAACUACAGAGACAAUCACUCUUCGUGGACCUCAGGAUAAGCUGGGACAAGCUUUGACACUGGUAUAUGCCAAGGCCAACAGUGUUGUGCAGGCUGAUGUGGAAGCUCCCACCUGGCUCCACAAGUUUAUUAUUGGACGUAAGGGAGCCAACAUUCGCCAAAUUACUCAGGAUCUCCCCAAAGUUCAUGUAGAGUUCACAGACAAGCAGGGAGGCAUUAAGCUGGAAGGACCCCCAGAGGAAGUUGAAGCAGCCAGAGAGAAGCUCGAAUCCAUGAUAGCAGAGAUGCAGAGUAAACUGUGCUUUGAUCAGAUCACUGUCGAUCCUAAGUUCUACAAGCACAUCAUUGGAAAGAGUGGCUCAAACAUCAAUCGUAUUCGUAAUGAUACUGGAGUUUUGAUCAACAUAUCAGAGGCUGACGGUAGCAAUCUCAUUCGCCUUGAAGGCAGCCCAGAUGGUGUAUCACAAGCAAAGAAGGAAUUGGAAGAGUUGGUGGCCAAGAUGGAAAAUGAGAAGGAGAGAGACAUCAUUAUUGAUCAGCGUUUCCACCGAACCAUCAUCGGCACUAAAGGUGACAAGAUCAAGGAGAUCAGAGACAGCUUCAAUCAAGUUCAAAUCUCCUUCCCUGACCCAGGUGAACAGUCUGACAUUGUAAAGAUCCGUGGCCCUAAGGAUGAUGUUGACCAAUGUUACAUGUUCCUGAAGAAAAUGUUGAAAGAGCUUAAUGAAACAAACUACCAGGUUAAGGUCUCUAUCUUCCGUCAGUUCCACAAGUUCAUCAUUGGCAAAGGUGGUGCAAAUAUCAACAAGAUCAGAGAAGAAACCGGAACUCGCAUUGAACUGCCAUCAGAAGGUCAAAACAGUGAUGAGAUCAUCAUCACGGGCAAAAAAGAGAAUUGUGAAAAGGCUCGUGAACGUAUUCAGAAAAUUCAGGAAGAGUUGGUAACCAAAGUAAUUUUAGGAAACAUCAUCAUCAGCCAGUUCCACAAUUCAAUGAUUGGUGCAGGAGAGUUGAUUCAGAGUUUGAGCGAAUGAUGUGGAGGUAUAAAGUUCCCACCACCAGUGAAAACCUCAGACAAGGUCACAAUUAGAGGUCCAAAGGAGGAUGUUCAUAAAGCUAAACAAAUGCUAGUAGACCUCAGCAAUGAAAAACAAUUGGCCAGCUACACUGCUGAGGUGCGGGCCAAGCAGCAACAUCAUCGUUUCCUGAUUGGCCGAAGUGGAGCUAACAUCCGCAAGAUUCGUGAUGCCACUGGAGCCCGCAUCAUUUUCCCAACAGACAAAGAUGAAGACAAGGAAUUAAUUACCAUAAUUGGUAAAAAGGAUGCCAUUGCAAAAGCAAAGGCACAACUUGAGGCAACCAUUAAAGAACUUGAGCUCAUUGUGGAAGAUACCAUGACAGUGGAUCCAAAGCAUCAUCGACAUUUUGUUUCAAGAAGAGGUGAAGUCCUGCGUCAAAUUGGUGAUCAGUAUGGAGGAGUGACCGUCUCUUUCCCUCGGUCAGGUGUUCAGGGUGACAAGGUCACCUUAAAAGGAGCCAAAGAAUGUGUUGAGGGAGCCAAGGCUCGCAUCCAGGAGAUAGUGAAUGAUCUUGAAGAGAAGGUGAACUUGGAAGUAAUAAUUCCACAAAAAUAUCAUCGUACUGUGAUGGGUGCCCGGGGCAGUAAGGUGCAGGCACUCACUACAGAGUUUGAAGUACAAAUCAAAUUCCCUGAAAAAGACAGUGGCUAUCUUGCCAAUGGUGAUGAUAGUCAGGGACAACUAAAUGGUGAGGUUAAUGAAGAGGCAGCUGUGAGGCCUCAAGACAUUGUGCGUAUUACAGGCAAAAAAGACAGAUGUGAAGCUGCUCGUGAUGCCCUGCUAAAUUUAGUGCCAGUUACUGUUGAAGAGAACAUUGCCUUCAGACACCACCGCUUCAUUAUUGGUCAGAAAGGAGAAAAUGUUCGUAAUAUGAUGACAGAAUUUGAUGUUAAUAUUCAUGUGCCCCCAGCACAGGAUCAGAGUGAUGUUAUCAAGAUUACUGGCUCACCAGCUAACACAGAGCGUGCUCGGGAAGCUUUAAGAGAAAAAGUUCGUCAAUUAGAAGACGAAGAAUUAGACCGCAAGGCACGAUCUUUUCAGUUGCGGGUUGAAGUGGACCCUGAAUAUCAUCCCAAAAUCAUUGGAAAGAAAGGUGCUGUUAUCUCAAAGAUCAGGGAUAAACAUAAUGUCAACAUUCAGUUUCCUCCUCGUGGUGAUGUAGAGGAAAAUAUCAUCACCAUUACAGGAUAUGAAAAAAACGUACAUGAAGCAAAAGCAGCUAUCUUUGCUAUCACUGGAGAACUGGAUAAAAUGGUAAAGGACACUGUUGAAAUUGACAGCCGCAUACAUUCUCGUCUCAUUGGUACUCGUGGGCGGGCCAUCAGGAAGAUUAUGGAAGAAUUCAAGGUGGAGAUAAAGUUCCCUCGUGGAGAUGAUGAUCCAAACAUUGUUGUGGUUAUGGGGACUCAGGAGAAUGUUGAUGAGUGUAAGGAUCAUUUGCUUAACCUGAUGGAGGAGUAUAUGCAGGACAUCACUGAGAAGGAGGACAUGAAAGCAUAUAUGGCUCAGCCUUCACAGGGAACCUAUGAUGGCAGUUCUGGUGGUCAUAAGAAAACAGAGCAAGGAUUCGUGGUAAGUGGUGCCCCAUGGACCCAGGAAGCUCCAAACAUGGACUCGUCAGAAGACUUCCCAUCCAUGGGGGCACCAACUGUGGCUCAUACUGCCCCGGCCAUCUGGGGGCCCCGGCGAUAAGGGGGUAGUGGCUUUCCCAAAUCUACUACAGCCUCUGUACCCCCACUUCACUGUUAUGCAUCCUAUCAGUGGCUCGCUCAUAUUAUAUUAUCUAUGCAUAGAAUUUUUACAAUUAUACUGAGCAUUCAAUUCACAAUUGCUUGAUAAACUUUAAUCUGCAAACUCUUUUAGAAUUUAAUUACUCCACAAAGUUUUACCUGUUUUUAAAUUCUAAUGAAUAUUUUGAAAUAUACUAUACAGGUUUUGCUGGUAUUAUUUUUUACGUUGACUUAAACCCUAGGAUUAACUGGAUGCCAGUUGUUUUACAUGUACAUGGUGUAGGGACAAAGAAUUUAGCUAUAUGUAGCAAAGUUACUACUCUCCUAUACACUGGGCAGAUUGAUUGGGGGAUCAUCUCUGUCUAGUAUGUUUAUUACAUGAUGCUGUGUGGUUGUUUUUUUUUUUUUAGGGUAUUUUAAGUUAAAACUGUACUAGGUUGAACCCUAAGUUAAUAUUAAAUUAAAGGGGACACUAACACACACAUCACCUGGACUUAAUAUGCCACCACCAUUGUAGGAGCCCCACCAAGCUUCUGAAAGUACCAGGUAGUGGGAACAACACAACAUCACAAAUUGGAUCUUCCUCACUGUCUUGCUGCACGUUGACGACCCUUUACCUGAACCUGGCCAACGCUAAUUGGAAACAUUCGCCUGAGAAGUCCUUCUGCCAGUCUUCCCAAAUGUACACCAUUAUCAGCCCCUGGGUUGAAGGUGUCCCUCUGUGAAACACUGAAGCAAACUUUAUUAUACUCAGCAGCUAUGCCCCAGAUUUAAUGAUUAUUAAUGUUGUUAUUAUUAAUAUUAUUACUAAAAAUUUUAUAUUUUUUUUUCUUACCCGGUGGUAUCUUCACCUAUCUCUCUCGUCGGUUUGGAUGGCACACCUUUAAUCCAGGGAUUGUCAGGGGCUAUUUAAAUGACAUGAAUGUGGAAAAGAAAUUUGAAGUGUUUGUUAUAAUUUUGUUACUUUGAAAUGUAUUACAGUUGUUACUAUACUAUAUAUUUUGUGUAUUUCAAGACAGAGGUGAGGUUACAAGAGUAAUGUAGCACACAGGUCACUGUGACCUCAAGAUGCAAGUGCUGCUAUCUGUGGUUUUCACUUAAUAAACUUAUAUUGGUAUAA